AUGUAUGAAGCACAACUCAUUGAUGCCAAGGAUGAGAAGAACCUGUACUACCCAUUCACUUCGAAGAUCAAAUGGGAGGUAGCACAUUGGGCCAAGCUUCGUGGGUCAAGCUCUACUGUGUUUACAGACUUGCUAUCUAUUGAUGGGGUCAUCGUCGCUGGUGAAUCAUUUGAUGUAUAUUACCAUGAUAUCAUUGAAUGCAUUAAGUCAUUAUAUGGGGAUCCUGACUUUGCCCGAUAUCUCACAUUUUCCCCGGAGUGGCACUAUGCUGAUGAUGAUGAGACUGUUCAUUUAUUCCACAACAUGCAUAUUGGCAAAUGGUGGUGGGAAAUGCAGAAAAAACUUGAUGCACAACAUCCUGGUGGAACUAUAGUUCCAAUUAUCAUUUCCUCCGACAAAAUGCAAGUGACAAUGUUUCGCAACAUACCAAAGGAACUUCACCACAAGCCUUCAUCUGGUAGUCAUGUCCUUCUUGCUUAUCUGCCAACAAGCUGCCUCAAACACAUUACAAACAAAGUGUCUCAUUGUCGUGCUAUUGUGAAUUUGUACCACAUGUGUUUACACUGUGUGCUUGCUCCACUCAUACCUGCUAGAACAGAGGGCAUUUCAAUGUGUAGCAGUGAUGGUGCUUGUUGUCAUUGUCAUCCAAUAUUUGCUAGUUUUGUCAGUGACUACCCAGAACAACUCCUGACUACAGGUGUCAAGUUUGGAGAGUGCCCAAAGUGUGAUGUCAAUGCCAAGGAUACAGGAAGUAAUACAAUGCAAUUUCACUUGCAAAAACUUAGUGAGGUACUGGACGCACUUGCUGCAUUCAACGACGGAAACUUAGUGUUUGUUUGUGCAUGUGCUGCUGCUGGCAUCAGACCUAUCAUUCAUCCUUUUUGGGAGGAUCUUCCUUUCACGAAUAUCUUUCGUGCUAUCACACCAGAUGUCCUGCACCAGCUAUAUCAAGGUUUGAUCAAGCACCUCCUGUCAUGGUUGUCAGCAGCUUGUGGAGGGGCCAAGAUUGAUGCCCAUUUGUGUGGCCUACUCGACUUCUUAUAUCUCGCACAAUACCCUUAUCAUAGCUCAGAGACACUUCACUCACUAGACAAGGCAUUGGAUCUUUUCCAUCAAAACAAAGACAUUUUUAUUCAACUCAGUAUCCAUAAUAAUUUCAACUUACCAAAGUUGCACACAGUGCAUCAUUACCACCUCAUGAUCACAUUGUUUGGUACAACAGACAACUACAAUACUGAAUACACUGAGCACCUCCACAUUGACUUAGCAAAGGAUGCUUAUCGCACUACCAACCACAAGGACAACAUUCAAAAAUUGGUUGAAGAUUACGGCAUGACUCAUUUUCGUGAGGCCCUUGCAUGCUACAUUGUGCACAAACAUCAAGGUGAUCAUUCAGUGCCACUCCAUGAUCGAGAACUUGAUCAUUUGGUGGGUGACAUUCACUUUCCUUUCUACCAUCUGCCUGUCUUUCACAAGAUCAAAUGGUGCUCUAUUGAUACUGGUGGUUUAACCAAGGGACAUGUUACCUUGGACAGUUUGGGCUCUUGGCUCAUUCAUCGGCACUCUGACACUGUUUUUGUUAGACUUGGUGAAGACUUGGUUACAAAUGAUCUCAAAGGUUUCAGUGUGGGGCAAGUUCAAGUUAUAUUCUCCUUGCCCCCAAAGUCUUUACAAUUGCUCUUCCCACCCACUGUCAACAUUCCUCCUCACCUCGCAUAUAUCAAAUGGUUCACUCCCUUCCCUUCUGCACCUGACCAAAACAACAGACUGUAUAAACUCUCAAGAUUGUUGUGA